AUGCCUAUGGGCCUCUUCCAGGCCACUCUCAGCGGAAAGCCAGAGGUCUUGGGAUGGUCCGGCGUUGGCACAUCCGGGAGCAUUGGCGGUCUGAGAGGGCAGGGUGGAGCUCACAUUCCGUUUGUGAGCGCAGGGCGUGAUCAUCUUGCUCGCAUACGACGAGAGCAGCAGCAUGGGCAGACCCAACAUCGCGAGAUGUCGGCGUGGAAUCGAUAUCAUUGCAAGGCCGUGGCGGCCUUGUGCGAAGGCUUGCCCGCCAUUACCGUCUUGGCUUGUGCCUGGUGGAGCCUGAACUAUCCACCCGAGAACCCGCUCAUGAAAAUGUCCUGGAACUAUGAGCGAGUCAUCCUUUUCAUCUCUGCUGGGUCUGGAAUGGUCGAGUUGGACUUCUGCUGCUCCGGAGCUGUGGCACGGGAGAUGCGAAAAUCUUUGAGGUACGAGAUGCUGCACCUGUUGUUUCGGUUCUGCCACUGGGCAACGGCUGGGCAAGAGUAG